AUGCUAGCUUCAACAUCUCUCAAUGUAGUAGGCUCUUUGGGUGGCCUAACAUUGAAUGCACCCAUCCACAGUUCACACAAAUCUUUCUUACUCCCUGCAACAAAAUCGUUAACUUUCCCCACAAAACUCAGCGGCACCACCGCCUGGAAAUCAACCACCUCUGUAAAAACAUCCGUCGCUGCGGUGGAUUCCUCUGAUCCCACUGAAAAGGAACAUGAGCAAACUGAGAAGAAGUAUUAUUUUGUUGUAGCAAAUGCGAAAUUCAUGUUGGAUGAGGAAGAACAUUUUAAGUUUGAGCGCCUUCAGAAUUAUGGAGAGCGUAAUAUAGAUCAAGAUUUCUGGCUUGUGAUUGAACCCAAGUUCUUGGAUAAGUUUCCGAAAAUUACCAUGAGACUAAGGAGGCCCGCCGUGGCCCUUGUUUCUACUAAUGGCCCCUGGAUAACAUACAUGAAACUAAGACUCGACCGGGUUUUGCAAGAAAGCUUUGAAGCUGACAGUAUAGAAGAUGCUUUGGCAUCUAAUCCCGUUGAUCUUGCCUUUGAAAAGCCAGAGAAGUGGACGGCUCCAUACUCUAAGUAUGAAUUUGGUUGGUGGGAGUCGUUGGUAUGA